AUGCUACGUGGCGAUGCGGAGCACGUUUGGGGCGAUAUCCAUCACCUGUACUCUUCGAUAAUCGACGAAAUAGACCCUGUCACGCGCGCCAAAGGCACCAAGUAUCUCUCUCUUAUCAUGGAUCUUGCCGAGCCUCUGGCCUUGUCUGACUUGAAUCAACUCUUCGCCGACCACGUGCACCAUUACCUCGUCCCCUUUUCAGCUCUGACCAUGAGGACGUUGUUAAAGCGCGACAUAUGCGGGCUCAAAGACCCGUCUCUGCUGCAUGAAGAGAUACCCGACUUUGCCCAGCGGCGUGAGGGUAUUCCUUGGGCGCUGAGAUAUGCGUGUCACUAUUGGGUUCACCAUCUCCAACAUGUCUCGCCCGACGAUGAGGUCCAAGAACAGCUUUUGGAUUUCCUCCAACGACGUGUUCUUUUGGCAGUUGAGGUUUAUGCGGUGCUGGGUGAACUUGGUCUUGGGGUAAAUCUACUCAGAACUGCUCGGAGACUCGUGACGGCCUGGCCGAAGGACUCGUUCUCGUCUAAGGAGGAUGUCAUAGCACUGCUGUAUGACAGCUGGCGACUAACACUGGACUUCUUUGAUCCUAUCAGCUCUUCAGCUUUACACGUUUACGAGUCGGCCCUCCCAUUCAGCCCAGCAAAAUCGAAGAUCCGGCAGGUUUAUGAUCAUCUUUUACAGAGCGCAACCGUUUUCACGAUCGAAGAAGGCUUAGACGAGGAGUGGAAUUGUGUUACACGCAUGAUCAGCGUGGAUGCAAAGGAUUUGGAAUUUACAGCUACUCUGUCACCCGACGGUUCGGAAGUCGCGGCUAUUACUCCAAGCUCAGUACAUGUGUGGGGUACGGCAACAGGGGUGCUAUUAGCAUCUCUUCCUCUCGGCCAACCAUGUCUCAUCCGGGGAGGGAUUGCUCACAGUGGCUCGCAUAUAGCGUUCUACCAGAGUUCUUCGGCGCUUUGUCACGUAUGGCAGCCUUCCCAUGGCACAGUUAUCUCGUUCGGGGGCGAUAGAGAAGCGGGGCACAGCAUGCUGAUGCCUUUCAUCGGUUGUGUCUCGUUUUCCCAUAAUGAAGCAAGGCUCGCCUGCUUGUGGGGAGGUGCAGAUAACCUCCAUCAGGAAGUCACCGUGUACGAUGUCAUCACCCGCCAACAACUAUCGAAUGUCUCUCUAGGUGGCUUCUCCCAGCAGCCACAGCGCUCUAUCCUCCCUUUCAACAGGGACCGUGACUGGCUCAGGUUCAAGAUACGCUCUACAACCAUCGACUUUUCUCAUGAAGGGGACUGCCUGAUGGUGCACUUCAUGGGCUCCACACUGAUCUUCGACCCAGUGACUGGGCGAGAGAUGUUGCGUAGGGAAUGCUGUGGGAAGAACCACGUCGUCGAGAAUUUUGUGCUACUAUUCUUCGGGCCGGAAGAUGCUUAUAUCUUCCAUAGCAGCUCAUACUUGCCCUCUAGAGAUCUGCCACAGUUUCGCUUCCACCACAGUAUUCUGCCUGCGAGUCGAAAUUAUGGACGGAAGCUCCUGUCAGCGCUUCCUUGGUCUGUGCAGCGCGAGGCCAGUUCUUCCCUGGGCAGAGAGGAGGCUGGGAUGGCGGACCAACCACAAACCGUACCCGAUUCCGCAUCUCGUAGAGCAUGCAAAAUCAAGCGUAUCAAGUCCGGGAAAGGCCAAACACCCUCAGAAUCAUCUCCGUUCGAGGUGAUUUAUAUCCUCGGUCGAGACGUAGGCGCAACCAUGGAUGGGCAUACCGUGGCAUUCUGCGGCGCUACUAGGACAAGCUGGAGAACGCCCGGAUCGGAUUGCGUCGGUAUGAUCUGCGAGAAAAGCGACAUUUGGCUCCUGGACCUCAUUCAGGCCGCUCACCAGCCCACUUUUCACUUGUCGUCUUCGGAUCCCUAUCUUGAAAAUGGAUACUCUUUCGCUUGCACAUCGGAAUUAGAAGAUUGGAAGGCAUACAAGUGUUUGGAUACCGAGAAUCGCUACCUCAUUGUGGACUACAAAUCCUCAGAUGGCAAGAAGGGAACGGAGAUCUUGUCGGAGACAUACGUUGAUGAGGUGAUCACUGCGCUCUCGCAGAGUGGAAAUUAUUUCGCCAUCGCAGGUCGCAGCGGGUCGUCUAAAGGCACCAAAGUGCAAAUCUGGGACCUCGCUGUGGAACCCACUCCCGUGAGAUGCAACUGGAACGGCAAGAGAUGCACUCACAUCCGAUUCUCGAGCGAUUCUGAGCUGAUUGCUAUACUGGGAACGCUAGAAGACGGCUCAUACGGUGUUGUUACAUAUUCUUUCAGCGACGACGGGUUACUCCGGACGGGCUCGAUUUCCCUUCAUCCUCAGUUCUGGCCCAAAAACUCCAACAGAUGCGCUAUCGCUUCUGUCGGUCAAGACUUUGUUCAUCUCUGGGCCCGUCCGACUAUAGACGGUACUUUGGUGUACCUCCUGCGGUGGAAGGUGGCGACGACAGAAAUUGCGACAGUAGCGGAGGUGCCGCACACAGGACUGUACAGUUUUUACCCAGCCAUUUCUCCAUGCUUUGAACGGAUAUACAGCAAGAGUAGAGAUAGCAGUAUCGUCAUGAAGCUGAACGCAGCUCUGGAAAACAAAGCUGCUCAGAGCGAGAAGUGGCUGUAUGAUGUCGAUGAAGAACAUAACCCCAACAUUUAUUACGACGCACUCUCAUGGUCCGAUCUUUGUCUGGGUACGGACGGAUGGCUUCGAAAGAGGCAGCGCAGGUUAUGUUGGCUGCCUGCUAGGUACCGACCCAUGUCGGAUCAGGAAGGCCAUUAUCUGCGACUGGUGAUAUAUUCUGGCACAGUAACGUUUCUUGGUCUGAAAAACAACAAGCGUCUCACCAUGCGUCUUCUCAAUACCAAGAUCGAAUACCUUAAUUAG